AUAACUGCAACAGGUUGUCCAUCGUCAAGCUUGACAGCCUCCACAGAUUUGCUUGUGUUUCUCGCGGUGUGCGCCGACACUCAAAACAAACCAACCCUGUUUUACGCGCAGUGAACAUGAGCGCCGGAGGAGGAACCCCGUAUAUUGGCAGUAAGAUAAGCCUAAUAUCCAAGGCGCAGAUCCGGUAUGAGGGAAUACUGUCGUCUGUCGACACAGAUAGGUCAACGGUUGCGUUAGCCAAAGUUAAAUCCUAUGGGACAGAGGACCGGCACACAGACAGACCAGUGCCACCCAAAGAUGAAAUUUAUGAAUAUAUAAUCUUCAGAGGAAGUGACAUCAAAGAUAUCACUGUGUCUGAGCCACCAAAACCACAUCAUGGACCGCCUCGGGACCCUGCUAUUGUACAGUCAUCCAUUGGCAGCUCCUCUGCAGCGUAUCACCCACGCUGGAGUUCAUACAGAGACAUGAUGCCCACCUACAACCAGCUGGCUGCUACCUCGCUACUCAACCAGCAGUACAAUGCAGCACUGGGCCUCGUACCAGGUCUUCACGGCAUCCCCGCUAGAAGAGUUCCCAUGGUCGAGCAGGCUGUGCAGACGGUGCCGUUGGCUGCUGCUGCCCAGACAAAGGGGAAGACGUCAACCCAGCCGCAGAGCAGACAGCCUGCUCGUCCAACCCAGCGCUCUGGCCAGGCUCAGAAGGAGAAUGUACCCAGCAGUAAGCAAAGUCGGACACCAUCUCAGCCAAGUGCAGCCAAGGUUCAAGGCCAAGGCAGCGAGAACCAGAAACAAAGGCAAAAACAAGGCAAUCGCAGGUCCAGGAACCGAAGCAGAGGCCAGCUUCUGGUAAAAAACUCCAAGGCAACAACCCUGCAGUUUGAGUCAGAUUUUGAUUUUGAAACUGCAAAUGCACAGUUUAAAGAUGAUCUCACGAAAGAAGUUGUGGUUGAAAAGGUGGAUUCUGGGGAGGCCCAGGAGAGCCAGGGUAUGCAGGAGGAGGACACUGUUGGAGACAAGUACUACGACAAAGCCAAAUGCUUCUUUGACAACGUCUCAUCAGACCUUAAGCCCAGAAGAACCACCUGGGCGGAGGAGAAAAAGCUGAACAUGGAAACCUUUGGAGUGCCCGGCCGCUUCCUGAGAGGCCGAGGAUUCAGGGGCCGAGGGCGCAGAGGGCAGGGCACCACUGAGCAGCGACCCCUCCCAAAAGUUGACAGUGGGAGGGUGUGAAGGCUGUUCUUUUUCUUUGUCUUUUUGUUGAUAUUUUUCUGUAAAUAUUGUAGUUUUCUACUUAUUUAAAAAAGUACCUCCCUUUUUUCCCCAUUUGAAGAUUUUCCUUUCUUUAUCCCAAAUUGGCAUUCAGGGAAUUUUGUACUUUGAGGCUUUAUUAUAUGAAAUGGGAGAGCAAUUUGUUUUAAUCAAGCAGCUGUAUGCUAGAGGCAAAUGUAUUCAUUGGCAGUUAGUUUGGUAUAAAUGCAAAGUGGAAUUUGUCUUUGACCAGGCCAGCAGGCACAUAAUUUAUUUUUUGUGGCUUAAUGUAUUAUAAUAUUCUACUCGACUGUCCAAAUGUAACUCCAAAUUGCUUUUGGAGGACAGCUGUACUUUAUUUUUUUCCCUAUUUGGAAAGCGAAAACUGUGGAGGACUUUGUAAUAG